AUCGAAUAAUGUUGGGGUUUAUCAGGUUAGGGUCGGGACGAGCAAAAAAACCGCUCUGCCUCGCCCAAUUGUCAUCUCUAGCUCGGACUUUCUUUUGGAUUUGGAUUGAAAGCCCAUUGAAAUCCCUCAUUGUGUCCUUUGUUCGCGGUCUAUUCAAAAACUGUGUUUUUGGCUUUUGGCGCUGGUUUCAUUUGAGCUUCAUAAUCACACACAGCUGUGGUAAAUUCUCAUUUCUUGCAUUAAAGAUACUUCAAUCACACAGUCUAAAAUCCAAUGCUUUUCAAGCUGAAAUCAGUUCGAACCCACUUUUCUGGGUUAAUUUUCUUCCAAAAUUAUCAACGAAAUCUCUGGGUAAAACCCAGUCAUCGUUAUGGCAAAUACAAUGAAGAAGACGAUGAUGAUAAAGACCCAAAGCUUCGAAACACGAAAGAGAACCAGUUAGACCAUUUUUAUUUGUAUAAGAGCAAAGGCCAACAUUUGCUUACUAAUACACGGAUUCUCGACGCUAUUGUUCGAAGAUCGAACAUAAAGCCUACUGAUACCGUCUUGGAAAUCGGACCUGGGACCGGAAAUCUUACUGUCAAGCUACUGGAAGCUGCCGAAAAGGUUGUCGCCGUUGAAGUAGAUAAGAGGAUGGUGGAUGUUCUUCAUAAACGCGUUGCUGAGAAUGGGUUGCAAGAGAGACUCAAUGUUAUAUGCAAAGAUGCAAUGAAGGUUGAGUUCCCUCAGUUCGAUCUUGUUGUGGCCAACAUUCCUUAUGGAAUAUCUUCCCCUCUCAUAGCUAAAUUGGUUUAUGGAAGGAACCCUUUUAGGAGUGCAACAUUGCUUCUUCAAAAGGAGUUUGCACGCCGGUUACUUGCUGAGCCCGGGGACGCAGACUUCAACCGAUUGGCCGUGAAUGUGAACUUGGUAGCCGAUGUAGAAUUCGUCAUGGACGUAAGCAAAAGGGAGUUCCUUCCUUGCCCGAAAGUCGAUUCCUCUGUUGUAAUAAUCCGACCGAAACCUGAACUCCCUGAUGUUAAUCUUAACGAGUGGAGAGCUUUCACAAGGACUUGUUUUGGCAAAAAGAACAAGACCCUUGGCGCUACCUUUAAGCAGAAGAAGAAGGUGAUGCAGCUACUGAAAUUGGCUAAAACAACGAGCUUGAAUAAAGAAAAUCCUCCGACGGGGAAUAACUACGAAUGUGAUGAGUAUUACGAUGGCAAAUACGAAGAUGGAGAUACCGAUGGUGAAGAAUGUUUUGCAUCCUCUACCUCUGAUCUUGAAAUGAACUUGUUUAAGGAGAAAAUUGUUGGGAUUUUGAGAAAAGGUGGGUUUGAAGAUAAAAGGCCUUCAAAGGUGAGUAAUGAGGACUUAUUACAUUUACUCUCUUUGUUUAAUCAAGCUGGAAUAUAUUUUCAUGAUCAUGUUAAACCAAAUGAUUUAGGUAAUGCAAAUGCUGCUUAUCUUUCAUAGCAGCUUCAUCAUUCUUAUAUUCUUUGUCUUGUCAUUGUUUCUCUCUCUUUAGUGUUCCACUAGCUUUAGUGACUUUUGCAUGUCUGCUAGAGAAAUACACCCACAAACUAGAAAUUGCACCAAAUUGUUGUAUAGGAAGAAAAAAGUAUUGGGUUGGAAAGUUUGUUCUAGGGGAGUGUAAAAGUCGGGUUAAACUGACUAAAUCGAUUGAACUAGCCGAUUUCAGUUUUGUCAGGUUAGUUUAUUCGGUUGCAGUUUUAGGUUGGUUGUAAAGGUCGGGUAAAAUGGUUUAGUCAGUUCGGUUUUCAAAACCGAGUUAUCUGAAUUAUUCGAUUUUAAAAUAUUUAAACCCAA